AUGUCAUGUACUGGUAAUAAUUCAUCGCCAUUAGACGAUCUGGUAAAUCCAUCAAAUAACGGCAGUUCAGAUAUCAAAACGAAUAAUAGCAGAAGGUCAUCUUCAUUCAGGAAAACUAAUAUCAGUUUACUAUCUUUAAAUUCUACAGCUCCUUCUGAAAGAUUAUUAGAUAAACUAGAUUUAAGUCCCGAAGAUGAGCUUUUAUUGGAAAUGGCGCUAAAGGAAGAAGAAGAAACAAUUCGACAACGUCAAUUAUCAUGUCAAAAUCGAUCACAGAGUCAUAUACUGUGUAUGCCAGCUUCCGAAUUUCCAUCAUUACGAAUUUCAAGAAAUUAUUACAACAAUACUAGUAACAAUACUUCCAGAUCUAAUAAAAAUAAUAGAAGAAUUAGUAGGAAUAAUGUAUCUACAACAUCUUUAUUAAAGAAUAAACAAAAAAAUCCAAUCGAAAUACUGGCUGGAGCAUCCACGGUGAAUGAUGCUUACAUAGACGGUGACGACGAGAAUGAACUUCUACCCGAGAAUAUCAUAUUGAAAGAUAAAACAUUAGCUGCAAAGGUUGAACAGCAUUUCGCUACAAGUUCGCGAUAUUCAUACAUGGUAGAAGAAGAAGAAGAAGAAGAAGAAGAAGAAGAAGAAAACGACAACUCUAAUAAACCUAUAUUAAACUUCGAAAAAUACCGUGUAGAAAAUUCUAAAUUAGUUGAUAUGUUUGUAUCUAAGAAACAACAAGAGAAUAAAAAAAAUCCAUAUUCAAUUCAUGAAACUGGGUCUUCAGUUAUACGAAAUGACAGUACUAACAGUUCAAACACUAUAUUCUCUGAUAUUGGUCAAUUAUCCAAACCAAAUACUCAAUCAACUUUUGAAAGUGAUACUUCUACUAAUGAAAGUCGUGUAAAUUAUAAUGAUAUGAUUUCAUCAUCACCAAUUAAAAAGAAUCUAUCAAAAACGAGCACGAAUAGUAGCGAAACACUACCCAAAGAAUUCCAAAAGAUACCGCCGCAACCUCCAUAUAAGACACAUAAAAAGAAAUCGUCAUUAUCCUCGUUGAAAAAUUUAUUCAAGUCUUCAAAAUCAUCACAUAAACAUAAACAUAAUCAUGAUAAAAGUGAUUCAACAAUAGCGAUAAACACGGAACCUAACAGUUCUGAAACUACACCUCAACAAGAACGAUUUUCAAAUAUAAGUUUGCCAUCUUUAGUAAACCAAUCUCCUUUAAAUACAACCAGCAUUGGUAAAUACAUAUUCCCACCAAAUCCAUCAUUCGAAUUUGAAUUGAAUCAAUCGAAGGUAAAACCAUAUUCAAACAUGCAAAGUAGUAGUAAUUCUCAUCAACGGACAAAGGAGAGAAGUAAUACAAAUUCACCAUUCAAGACACAUUAUAGGUCAUUAUCAGCGCAACAAGAUAUCUACACCAACAACAAUAAUACUAUAACUAAAAAUUCAAUGGGCAAACCAGUUCAGGAACAAAAAACAACCACGACCACUCACGUGGAGGUAUCACCCAUCAGACCCAAAAAUAGAAGAUCUUUAUCAUUAAACAUGCAAAAAAAUGUUUCACAACAUCCAUGGUCCAAAUACACAUCGACUUCAUCUUCAAUACACAAAGAAAAUGAAAUAAUUGACACAGCAAUCAAGAUGAGACACGAAGGACGCUUAAAGGAAUCUGCGGAGAAAUUGAAAAAAGCAUGUAUGACAGGAAACAAAACAGCGUAUUUAUUAUAUGGAUUAGCAUUACGUUAUGGUUGUGGUGUUGAACAAGAUUAUGAUGAAUCAUUUAAAUACUUACAACUUGCCAUAACUAGUGGUGACAGUGGAAUUUCCAUCGAUAAAGAUGUAUUACAUUGUCACGUUGAUCCUAUGGAAAUUGAGAAAAAAAAUAAUUUCAGAGAUAAAUCAAUGUAUCAAAUUAUGAGAGAACCUUUAGCUCCUGCUUUGUAUGAAUGUGGUAUUUCGUAUCUGAAAGGGUUUGGCGUGGAACAUGUUGACGAAAUGAAAGGGCUCAAAUUUUUAGAGAAAGCCGCGUCUUUAGGACAUAUUGAUUCAAUGUGCCUGAGUGGCACUUUGUGGUCACGAAGGUCUGAGUCAAGUAGAAGGAAAAAGGAUACCGUGAGGGCUGCAGCAUGGUUUAGAUUGGCCGAAAUGAGAGGUGCUAAUUUAAUAGGUGCCAAUUGGAUUUAUAAAGAAAAGUAUGUAAAUCCUCCAGAAAAGGUACUGUAG